AGAUAAGACGUCGGAGCGCGGCAUCGAGGACCAGAUAAGCACAAGUGGAGGACAAUCCAGCCCGGCAGCGGGUGAGAGUGGGUGCUGGCCAGGACGGUUCCUUCAGAGCAAACAGCAGGGAGAUGCCGGCCCGCUCCUUUCCAGCUCCUCCCCGUGCCCGCUAACACAGCACGGCCGCCUGCAGUCUCCUCUCUGGGUGAUUGCGCGGGCCUAAGAUGUGUCCUGGGGCACUGUGGGUGGCCCUGCCCCUGCUGUCCCUGCUGGCUGGCUCCCUACAGGGGAAGCCACUGCAGAGCUGGGGACGAGGGUCUGCUGGGGGAAACGCCCACAGCCCACUGGGGGUGCCUGGAGGUGGGCUGCCUGAGCACACCUUCAACCUGAAGAUGUUUCUGGAGAACGUGAAGGUGGAUUUCUUGCGCAGCCUUAACCUGAGUGGGGUCCCUUCGCAGGACAAAACCAGGGUGGAGCCGCCGCAGUACAUGAUCGACCUGUACAACAGGUACACGUCCGAUAAGUCGACUACGCCAGCGUCCAACAUUGUGCGGAGCUUCAGCAUGGAAGAUGCCAUCUCCAUAACUGCCACAGAGGACUUCCCCUUCCAGAAGCACAUCUUGCUCUUCAACAUCUCCAUUCCUAGGCACGAGCAGAUCACCAGAGCUGAGCUCCGACUCUAUGUCUCCUGUCAAAAUCACGUGGACCCCUCUCAUGACCUGAAAGGAAGCGUGGUCAUUUAUGAUGUUCUGGAUGGAACAGAUGCCUGGGAUAGUGCUACAGAGACCAAGACCUUCCUGGUGUCCCAGGACAUUCAGGAUGAGGGCUGGGAGACCUUGGAAGUGUCCAGCGCCGUGAAGCGCUGGGUCCGGUCCGACUCCAUCAAGAGCAAAAAUAAGCUGGAAGUGACUGUGGAGAGCCACAGGAAGGGCUGCGACACGCUGGACAUCAGUGUCCCCCCAGGUUCCAGAAACCUGCCCUUCUUUGUCGUCUUCUCCAAUGACCACAGCAGUGGGACCAAGGAGACCAGGCUGGAGCUGAGGGAGAUGAUCAGCCAUGAACAAGAGAGCGUGCUCAAGAAGCUGUCCAAGGACGGCUCCACAGAGGCAGGUGAGAGCAGUCACGAGGAGGACACGGAUGGCCACGUGGCUGCGGGGUCGACUUUAGCCAGGCGGAAAAGGAGCGCCGGGGCUGGCAGCCACUGUCAAAAGACCUCCCUGCGGGUAAACUUCGAGGACAUCGGCUGGGACAGCUGGAUCAUCGCACCCAAGGAGUAUGAAGCCUACGAGUGUAAGGGUGGCUGCUUCUUCCCCUUGGCUGACGAUGUGACGCCGACGAAACACGCUAUCGUGCAGACCCUGGUGCAUCUCAAGUUCCCCACAAAGGUGGGCAAGGCCUGCUGUGUGCCCACCAAACUGAGCCCCAUCUCCGUCCUCUACAAGGAUGACAUGGGGGUGCCCACCCUCAAGUACCAUUACGAGGGCAUGAGCGUGGCAGAGUGUGGGUGCAGGUAGUAUCUGCCUGCGGGGCUGGGGAGGCAGGCCAAAGGGGCUCCACAUGAGAGGUCCUGCAUGCCCCUGGGCACAACAAGGACUGAUUCAAUCUGCGUGCCAGCCUGGAGGAGGAAACGGAGCCUGCUCUCCCUCCCCACACCCCACCCAAAGCAUACACCACUGAGCUCAACUGCCAGGGAAGGCUAAGGAAAUGGGGAUUUGAGCACAACAGGAAAGCCUGGGAGGGUUGUUGGGAUGCAAGGAGGUGAUGAACAGGAGAACAGGGGAAAAAUAAUCCAUAGUCAGCAGAAAACAACAGCAGUGAGCCAGAGGAGCACAGGCAGGCAGGUUACUGCAGAGAUUGAUGGAAGUUAGAGAGGUGGAGGAGGCCAGCUCACUCCAAAACCCUUGGGGAGUAGAGGGAAGGAGCAGGCCAUGUGUCACACCCAUCAUUGCAUGUUAUUUCCCACAACCCAGUUAGAGGGGCAUGGCUUCCAAUUUAGAGACACAAAACGCAGGCAGAUCAAGUAGCAUUGGUCAAUGGCAUGAUUCCAACUCAGAUUUGUGGGACACCAAAGCCCAGGGUCUUCCCAAGUGCCCCGCUGCAGUUUAGCAGGUCCUCUCCAGCUAAAGAGCAGUGAGACAUUGGGAGCCCAGGAGUGUUGAGGCCAGGCCAGGCUGAGGCCCAUCAGUCACAGGUGUGACUGGGCUGCUUGUCACAUACAGGGCGUGGUCUGGCCACUGUUAACAGUGCUCACUCAGCGGCCAAAUGCUUUUUAAUAUGACCCCUGAGGCACUGAAAAGUAACCCCAGGCCAACUGCAGGAUAGAGAGAGAGGUCAGGACAGCAGCCCUGUGGGCUGCAUGAUACACUGUGGCUGGAGUUAUUGUGACCCCCUGGUGCAGUGCUCCCACGGCCAGUGGUGCACACAGGGCCAUUCACUGCCCAUAGACUGAAACCAUGUGACCAUUUGAGAGGGCCGGGCAUACUUUCCCCUGAGGGAUGGGGCAGCCUGUGGCCAGCACCUCUGCAGUUACUCAGCAUAGCCAGCUCACCAGCAUGCCAUGCCCAGGGUGCCCCCCCAAGUGACAACCUCAUGGGAGAUGGGCCUGGAUUUGAAUUUGUUGGAAUUAAAUGUGCUCUGGCUUUGGUCUUUGAAACAUACCUAUUUUUAUUCCUUGGUGACAUGUCCUUAAGUGACAAGACUCCAGCCUUCCUGGGCGAGGCCUCCCCAGCCUCGGAAGAGCUGCAGUCCUUAUCGGCGAUCACUGGCUCUGCCUGCAUUUGCCGGCUCUCUUGAGUCACGUGCAUCCCAGCACCCCGCCUGGGCUCGGACUGUGGGACCAGACUCAGCCUCCCCAAACCCAAGGGAAGAUAAGGCUUCCAUUUGCUCUGUGUUUCACCCUCUCCUGUGACUCUCCUGGCCACACAUGGAAUGGGGCGGUAUGAGGAAGAGUCUGAAAGUGGUGAAGAGUGCACCUAUGGCCCUCUGACCUCCAGCCAGAGCAGGGCCUAGGGGAGGCUUAGAGAGGCCAGGGCCUCUCCCCGUGGUUGAAACUCCCAUUUAUUUAAAAAAAAAAGUGGGGGGUGGGGAAAACGUUAUGUUAAAUGUUUACAUGGAACCAAUGAACAACUUUAACACACAAAUACAACGAAACGUUCUUGUUUAAUUACUGGCGUUAUAGAAAAUAUGAAUUCCUGCUACAUGCCGGGCAGUGUGGUGUUACAACGCUAUUCCAAGUCGGGUGUUGAGCAUCUUCUUUCAGUCUUGGUGGUGUGCUUCUGUGCCUGCUUGAAAAUUUCACUCGGAAAUAAAGUCAAAUGUCUAA